AUGGGCUUGGCCAAUGGGCGGGGCGGUGUCCUUCCGGUCACCGGAGGCCGCGGGCGGCGAUGUGGGGAGCGGGGCGGGGGGAUCGCGCGGUGCCGGCCCCUCACCCACCCGAUCCCCUCAGAGACGGAGCGGCUGCUGAGCCGUGCGCCCGGGUAUGGAGCGACGGAGGCUCCGGCGGUGGAGGAGGAAGAGGAGGAGGAGGAGCUGCGGCGCCUGAAGUAUUUCUUCAUGAGCCCCUGCGAUAAGUACCGGGCGCGGGGACGGCGGCCCGUGAAGCUCGGGCUGCAGCUGGCCAAGAUCCUGCUGGUCACCGUGCAGCUCAUCCUCUUUGGGCUCAGCAACCAGAUGGUGGUGACCUUCAAGGAGGAGAACACCAUCGCCUUCAAGCACCUCUUCCUGAAGGACUACGUGGACGGCGCCGACGACUCCUAUGCUGUCUACACCCAACACGACCUCUAUGAGCGCGUGUUUUAUGCCGUGGACAAGUACUUGGCCAUUCCCAACGAGACCAUCGGCCGCUACGCCUACGUGCGAGGGCAGAGCGGGGGCAACCAGUCGGCCCUCAUGCUGUGCCAGCAGUACUAUCGCAGGGGGCGCAUCGAUCCGGCCAACGACACCUUCAACAUCGACCCCAAGAUUGUCACAGACUGCUUGGGAGUGGACCCCGAGGACCCACAUCCCCUGCCCCCAGAGCUGGACCGCAGCUACAAGAACUUCACCUUCAAAUUUCACAAGCUCAUCAACGUCACCAUCCAAUUCAAGCUGAAAGCCAUCAACAUCCAGACCAUCAUCAACAACGAAAUCCCAGACUGCUACACCUUCACCAUCACCAUCACGUUUGACAACAAGGCGCACAGCGGCCGGGUGAAAAUCCGCCUCGACAACCGGGCUGACAUCAAGGAGUGCAAAGACCACAGCGUCUUCGGCCGAGGUGACAACUCCUUCCGGCUGUUCUUCGACGUCGUCGUCAUCCUCGUCUGCUCGCUCUCCUUCGUCCUCUGCGCCCGCUCCAUCGUCAGGGGCGUGAUGCUGCAGCACGAAUUCAGUCAGUUCUUCCAGCGCCGCUACAAGCAGAGCGUGUGCCUGUCGGACAGGAUGGAGUUCCUCAACGGUUGGUACAUCCUGCUGGUCAUCAGCGAUGUCCUCACCGUGCUGGGAACCAUCAUGAAGAUCGGCAUUGAGUCCAAGAACUUUGCUGAUUACGACGUCUGCAGCAUCCUCCUGGGCACCUCCACGCUGCUGGUUUGGGUCGGGGUCAUUCGCUACCUCACCUUCUUCCAAAAGUACAACAUCCUCAUCGUCACGCUGAGGGUGGCCCUCCCAAACGUCAUCCGCUUCUGCUGCUCGGUGGCCGUCAUCUACCUGGGCUACUGCUUCUGUGGAUGGAUCGUGCUGGGGCCGUACCACGUCAAGUUCCGGUCCCUUUCCAUGGUGUCUGAAUGCCUCUUCUCUCUCAUCAACGGGGACGACAUGUUCGUCACCUUCGCCGAGAUGCAGCAGAACAGUUACCUGGUGUGGCUCUUCAGCCAGAUCUACCUGUACACCUUCAUCAGCCUCUUCAUCUACAUGGUCCUCAGCCUCUUCAUCGCCCUCAUCACCGGCUCCUACGAGACCAUCAAGCACCAAUGCGAGGGCGAAACACCCGUGUCCCAGCUCCACGCCUACAUUGCAGAGUGCAAGGACAGCCCCAAGUCGGGCAAGUACCGUCGUGACAGCGCCUCGACCUGCUCAGUGUUCUGCUGCUGUGAACGGGCUCCUCUGCAGGACAACGCGAUGCUGGUGAACUGAGGGAGGAUCCCAGCACUUCCAGGUGCCCCACGCUCCUGCUGGCUGCGCGCCCUCUUAAUUUAUUUUAUCGUCUGCUUUUAAUGACUCGGCACCGGCCCCAAAGGAGCGAGAAGAGAUGGACGCCCCCCAGGCGAUGGGCUGCACAGAUGGACGCCUGUCCUGCCAUUUCUUUUUUCCCUCCACAGCCGCUGUGCCUCUGUGCUCCCAAUGCUGAACUACAGCCUGGCAGCAACUCGGGAGCUGAGCUGCAGCCCCCCAGCUGUGUUUUAGGGGCUUUGGGAGCUCAGCCCUGCUUCUGUUGCGUCGAGGACUCGGCUGAUGCUUCAUCCUGAAGCCCUGCAGCCCCUCAGCUGUGUGCUGGACUCAUCCCUGCCCUCGCUCCCCGGUCCAGUUUGCCGUUGGGCCACAUCCUGAACUUGCCUAGAGCCUCGCAGUGCCCUGGGGACACAUCUUGGCCUUUGUCCUACAGCUCCACAGCCCUUUGGCUGCCCUGGACGCUUAUCCUCACCCUCAUCCUGCAGCCCAGCGUCCCGUUGGCUGAAUCAGAGAUGCAUCUGGAGCUUUUUACCCCCGAGCCCUGCAGCCUCUCAGCCACUUGCAGCCCCUUGGGGCCAUCAGCACUUUGGGAAUAAGUACAGGGACGAACCCUGAGCCACCUGCUGACAUCAGGUUCCCCAUUUGUGCCCACGGUCAGGAGCCCAGAGCCCCUUUGGCUGCACUGGGGUGGUAUCCUUCUCUCC